AGAAAAAAUGCUUCAAGAAAAUAUUUGGGAUUUGAACCGUAUCACAUUUGUCAUCUCCACAUCAAUUUACAUAAUUUUGGGAACAAUUGGCAACGCUCUUAUAAUUGCAGUAUACGUUUCAAAGAAACGCCAUUUCCCAAGAAGAACCUACAUCCUUACUCUUGCGAUCACGGACUUGGUUGUAAUGAUUCUGGUAGCUCCGUACACCAUUGUGUUUGAACUUAGAUUAGUAACGAACAACUUCGUCUGCCAUGUUUUCGAAGUAGUCCGCCAUAGUGUGAUAGGGUACUCCAAUCUUAUUCUUAUUUUGAUAGCAAUGGAGCGUUUGCUUAUGGUGUGGAAGCCUUUAAAAGUCAUGAAAGGUAGGACAAAACUCGCAUGGAUUAUAGGAUUUCUGAUUUUUACCAUUGUAUGUUCUAGUCCGUCUGCUCUUAUUUACGAUGUUGAUUUUCAUGGCGAUCCUCUUCCGGUCAACGAAACACAUGUUCAGGAAAAGUAUUGUGACUAUACAACUGGCAUUCUAGGAGAAGAAAACAGCAAUAUGUACAGGAAUUUUAUAAUUGUCUUAAUAGUUUCAGAAUUGAUGAUUUUGAUAGUGAUAUAUACUUUAGUUUUUGUGCUUAUUUACCGACAACGGAAAAGUAUUCUAGGAAGAGCGUAUGUAGGAUCAACUCGAUCUAACCGAAGACGUAAUAAAUCAACCAUUCAGGAAGAAGUACGGAAACAAGAUUCCAAUGAAAAUAAAACAAGGAAGAAAGGCGAUAAAAAUUCAAAUGAUGAUAAUAUUUAUUGCAUAACGAAUACUCUGUCUCUUAGCAGUAGCCGGGAGACGGAUUACAAAAGCACAGCUGUGAACGUCGAACAAAAACCGAAUUUGAAAGAAUCAGAAGACACUGAAAAAGAAGAAUGUAAAUCGAACACUGCCGAACAAAAGAAUGAUACUACACAGUUUGUUGUUCAAGAUUGUCAGUCUUGUAAUUUAAAGAAAACAGUGGUAACACGAGAGGCUACACCAAACACAGGAGAACUUUCAUUGACAACAGCAGGAAACGGUGAUCAGAAAACAACUGAUUUGGAUGUUGUUCAACUUACAUGUAGUCUUCAAAACACUCCAAGAUCUUCAUUAACAUCCAUUAGUAACGCUGGAGAUCAAGAUAUAGUCACAUCCGCCCGGAAAAUGUCCAUAGUCCAAACAAAGACCUGGACAAUGUUAUCUAUUUGUACAUUUCUAUACAUAGUUUGUUGGAUCCCUUUUUUCCCCGAGAUGUUUAAUGUGACCGAAGUAUUGGCUUUGAGAUUUUUCUUUUUUAUUGGGCAUGCGUCGAAUCCUAUCAUUUACAGUGUUGUUAAUGUUAAGAUAAGAAGAGCUAUUAAAGAAUUGCUCUUUGGGAGGUCAAGACAAAUGUCUAUGAAUAAAUCAUCCAGAGAAAGUGUUUGAACUCCCUCGCUUGAAUUUUCUCUGCAAAUAUGACAAAAACGCUAGACACAAAACAAACAAAACCAAACACGGCAGAUGAAUUCCCAGGUCUUAACUAAGUCCUUUUAAUUAGGCUUCAGUCAUGUUUACUUUUUAUUUUCUUUCUGAGUUCUAAGCAUUU